AUGGCAUCCGCCCAGCCCCCGCCAUCAGCGCCCACCAAGUCGUCCACCCAGGCACACGCAUAUGCAAACCAGCCAGCUCGCUCUUUCUCAAACGGGUACUCCCAAUCCCCCUCUCACUCCUCUGGCUCGUCAAGACCCAUAUCCAAACGCUUUCGGAACGUGUCUCUAGAGGAAUAUAGGCGGCACAUAGCAGCAGGGACCUGUGUCAAGUGCGGCCUGAAGUUCGAGCUGACUCAUAGAUGCCCCCCCAAGACGCUCAACGUCCUGAUCUGCGAGGAGGAAGAAGGAUCAGCCGUUGAUUCAGAUCCUGAGGAGUCAGAACUUUUGGACACCGACGUGGAGCCGCAGCUCUCCGUCCUAUCCCUGAAUGGGCUGGACACGACCAAUACAAUGAAAUUAUUUAGGGAAAUCGACUCACAACAGGUCAAGGUGAUGGUGGAUAGCGGCGCUAACUACUGUUUCAUUUCAGAACAGUGUGCCCAACGGCUCCAGCUGCCGAUUACUCCCACAUCGCCCUACUCGGUGGUGUUGGGCGACGGGACCACACGACGAGAAGCAGGGCUCUGCAGGGGCGUUUUUCUUACAUUAGAGAAGGAGGAGUUUGUGGUUUCAUGCUAUGUCUUUCCCCUCCAGAACAUCGACGUAAUUUUGCGGGUAUCGUGGCUCGCUUCUCUCGGAUACGUUUGGGCAAAUUGGCAGCACUCUUCCACGGAUUUUUCAGUCGACUGCCGACCCGUUUCGCUCAAAGGCGAUCCAACUCUAAUGCGGCGGGCCUGCUCCUCCAAGGACCUCCGCUGCCUCGAGGAAGGGGACUGUUGCUGGGUCCUCCAUUCGGUACAGAAAGAGGUCGUGGCGGAGCCUUUCGGGAUCAGCUCGUCCCUAUCGCAGGCAGCCCAAUCGCAACUGCUGAAACUGAUAGAGGAGUUCCCUUCGAUCACACGGGAGGCCGCGGGUUUACCCCCCUGCCGCCGCACUGACCAUCGCAUACCUCUGCGACCAGGUACUGACCCCGUCUCUGUCCGCCCAUAUCGGUAUAAUCAUUUACAGAAAGAUGAAAUGGAGAGGCUCGUCGCCGAGAUGUUGACUUCCGGGGUGAUUCAGCCAAGUACUAGCCCUUUUUCUAGCCCGGUACUCCUCGUGCGUAAGAAGGACGGCUCUUGGAGAUUUUGCGUCGAUUACAGGGAACUGAACAAGCGGACCAUUCCCGACAAAUACCCUAUUCUAGUGAUACAGGAAUUACUUGACGAACUACAUGGGGCCAAGUGGUUCAGCAAGAUCGACCUGAAAGCCGGCUAUCACCAAAUCCGGGUUGCCCCUAACGACGUACCCAAGACGGUGUUUCGCACACAUUCCGGUCAUUAUGAGUUCCUGGUUAUGCCGUUCGGCCUCACCAACGCCCCGGCAACGUUCCAGAGCUUGAUGAACGACAUCUUCAGACCGGCGCUAUGCAAGUUCGUCUUGGUUUUCUUUGACGACAUCCUCGUCUAUAACACGACCUGGGCAGACCAUAUGCGCCACCUUCGACGUGUUUUUGAAGCCUUGCACGCUCACGCCCUCGUCGUCAACUCCAAAAAGUGCCUUCUUGGGCGGGACAGCGUCGAGUAUCUUGGGCUUAUCGUGUCCUUUUGA